CACAAGAAGAAGCACAAGAAGCACAAGAAGAAGCACAAGAAGAAGCAUCACCAUGACAACGUGGGGCCUAGCUUCUCCUCCGAGACCCUGGAGGCCAGCCCCUUGCUUCCCAAGCCUCAGCUCAAGCUCAAAAUCAAGCUGGGGGGGCAGAUUCUGGGCACCAAGAGCGUGCCGACCUUCUCGGUGAUCCCCGAGGCGCCGCGCUCCCCUUCCCCUCUGCUGGUUGCGGAUGACGAGGAUGAGCCCAUGGAGGGGGUCCCUAUUGAGCAGUACCGGGCCUGGCUGGAUGAAGACAGUAACCUGGACCCGUUGCCCCUGCCGGAGCUGGACUCGGAGAGCUGCGUCCCUGCCCGCGAGGACGAGGAGGAGGAGCGCUGGCUGGACGCGCUGGAGAAGGGUGAGCUGGACGAGAAUGGCGAGCUUCGGAAGGAGGUGGACGAGUCGUUGCUCACGGCCAGACAGAAAGCCCUCCUGCACAAGCAGCAGAGCCAGCCGCUCCUGGAGCUGCCCAUGGGCUACAAGGCCAAGGAGCUGACGGAGGAGAUGCUGGUGAAGCGGGAGGAGCGGGCCCGGAAGCGGCGCCUGCAGGCGGCCAAGAAGGCAGAGGAGAACAAGAACCAGACCAUCGAGCGCCUCACCAAGACCAGCAAGGCCAAGGUGAAGAUGCUGCGGGAGCGCAAGGCCAAACAGGCCCCGUGCCCCAUGAUCCGACCGUGUCCUUCCCGCCAGGGGCCGCGCUGCCCCUGCCGCCCUGCGCCCCCACCCCUGUGCCCUCUCCCACCCCCUGCGGGGUCAGUGCCUGCGCUCUGCUCCUGCUCCCGCACCGGCGUGCCCCUCUGCAGCCUGGCCUGCUACCAGAAGAACCUGCAGCUGCAGGAGGCGGUGGGCUAG